UUGACUGCUUCACAUUUGCCCGACCGAGGGAAAAUUGGGCUUUUGGUCGAAGAAUUCUUCAACAAUAUCCACCCUUUAAGGUGCUUUGCCUUUAUUCAUAGACCUUCAUUCCUCCAAAGGCUCGACAAAGAUGGCCCAAAGAGAUAUCAGAGCCAUGCACUUCUACAUAUAAUAUGCGCACUGGGCGCCCAAUUCCAUGCACUCUCAUACAGUGAGACAAUGACGCCUCUUCCAGCAAAAUUCGUCGUCAUCGCCGGGGCCGAAUGGGCUAAGAUUGCGCAGAGGCUGAUCCUGGAGGCGCUCGAUACGAUUACGAUCGAAAAGUUGAUGGCAUCGGUUCUGCUUCAUGAUCACGCAGUCCGCAUGGGGAACUUUGCAAACGCAUUCAUGCUCAGUGGACUCAUAACUCGAAUGACUCAAGCACUUCAGAUCAACUUGGAGUAUAAUACCGAUGUUCUUUGCCAGAACGUGGAAAUAGGACCUUCUGUUACAGCGAGAGAAUCACGGCGAAGAUUAAUGUGGAGCUGUUAUAUUAUGGAUGCCCUGGUUGGUAGUGGGGUGGAUCAACUCACGCUGGUUGAUGAGAAAGACAUGAAGAUCCAAUUGCCCUGCAACGAAAGAAAUUUCAUUAGGCAAAUUCCAUGUCUCACUGAGACGUUGGAGCCUGGAAACUGGUUAAAAUUCAUACCUGGAGAGCUCGACAGCGAUGCACUCAUGCCGAACAUGGGAAUGAUGGCCUAUUUCAUCCGCCACAUUGCAAUUCGAAAAAGAGUAUUAAGGUACAUCAAGCAUCUCGACGAAGCAAUGGUUCCUUGGUUGCCAGAAUCCGAGUUUGCCAUCCUGGACAGAGAUUGUCGCGCUUGGUAUGAAUCAUUACCAGCGAGCCUACAAUUCACGCCGAAUGCAAUUUACAUCCGAAAGGACUCUGCUCAACUUGGCGCUCUGUGUGUGUUACAUUGCGCGCAUUAUCAAACAAUAUGCGACUUGUAUCGAUUAGGGGCACCGGCACUCUAUAAGCUCCGUGCUGCCUUCGACUUUCCUCUGGAACAAAGCGAUUUUCUUCGGCAUCUGCAGGGAGUCUUGUUCGAUGCUGCAAGGGCCUUAGCAACAAUAAUUGGUGAAACAGCCCGCCAUGGCACUAGGGCGUUGGCAGAUUCAUGGCUCCCGACCAUCACGUAUGAUAGCUGUCGGAUCAUGGUAUAUCAUUUAACUCAAAUUCUUGACCCUCGCGCCGAACGAACAAGGAUUAUCACGGCAGAAACUUUGCCUCUUUUGAAGAGUAACAUUGAUGCUUUGAAAUUGAUGGGAAAUCUCAAUAUCAUCGCCAACUCCUUAUGCUCAGCUGCAGAGACUAUGUUUGAUCGAUCCGGUAUCGGCUCUGAGGUGGUAGCUCAAAACAGCAUCCCAGAUGAUCCAUAUCAAACAGGUGACGAAGAUCCAAGUGAAAGUCUUCCCGGGACUCCAAUACAGAGCGCCCCAGAUUAUGUCCUCAACCCCCUGUCUAUCUUCCGCAUGGCACGCAAGUCAAUACCGGAAAGACACGCCCCAGAAAAAGCGUCCACCUCAUCUGCACCCAACAGUGUGAUUCCUGAAUCCCGCUCUGAUAUUGAUUACCCAACUACCGGACCACCCACUCAGGACCCAGCAACAGGUAGCUCAGCCGAUGCUGAGUUCGGUCAUGCAAGCCUUGAAGAGCUUCAGACACUAUUCAUGUCGGAUCUGGGGUGGACAUGGCAACCAGCAGAUACAGCAGUUGGAUCGGGCAUUGAGGGGGCUGGCCUGAUGCCUUGGGCUGGUGGACAUCCUGUUACACAAGCGGAGCCUUGGCUUCCUGUCUUUCCUUUUCCACAGCAGAAUUGA